UACACGCAGGUGCUUAAUGCUGCCGUCAUUCGUUGUCGUUCCAUUGGUGACUGCAUGGCUGGUAGUCAAUCCUGAACAAAUUCCUGCCAUUCCCUUUCGGUUUCCUAUGUCACACGGGCUCAGCAGCUGUAUUCGUGUGAUGCAUGACCAUAUGCCGCCCAAUGAAUGCCUGCAAGACUACCGCGGUAUCCUAAUUUUACACCAAUAAUGUUUUAAAGUGUCUACUAAUAAUGUUCUAAAGUGUCUUCUAUGAAGUUAUUAUGCUGCUAACAAUUAGCUCCCCAAAUAAUAUUCGAAGUCUGGCGAUUCUGGGAUUGUCGUUAGUUUUAAUUCUUUUGACCUUGUCGCUUACCAAAUAUCACACCGGAAACUAUAUUCCCGUGCACGACGGUCACCAUCGACAACUUCAAGCGGAGAAGCAUUUUUCGUACGAGACCGAUUCUGCAUCCAGUUUGGGCAAUUACAAGACAUCAUCGGGAAAAUGCCAGCCAGUCCAUCACAUUAUGUUUGUAAAAACGCACAAAUGCGCCAGCACCAGCAUUCAAAAUGUAUUGUUGCGUUAUGGCCACCGAAACAACCUGACUUUCGUCAUUCCACCAUUUUCCAACAAUCUCGGUGAAUUUGACAAAUUUGAAAAAUUUCAUCCUAGUUUGGCGCUGCCCCUGCCGUCGGAAUGCGGAAAUGAGUAUGGAAUUUUUACACAUCAUGCUCGAUAUAAUAAAGAUAUCAUUCCCAGAAUAAUGCCAAAAGAUUCGGUUUACAUUAGCAUUUUACGCGAACCGGCGGCGAUGUACCAAUCCAUCUGGACAUUUUUUUCUCUCCAUUUGCGCUUCAGUGCUCCUUUGGAGGAGUUUGUGAAAAAUCCAAGGUUGUAUUAUUUCAAUGAGAGUAAUCAUCGCUCUCUGCAGUUCGGCAGAAAUCCAAUUAUGUCGGAUUUUGGACUGGAAAAAGAGGACUUUGACAAUUUAACAGUAAUCAAGGAAACAAUUAACUAUAUUGAUAAACACUUUUCUUUGAUCAUGAUCAGCCAUCAGAUGGACGAAUCACUAGUGUUACUCCGUGAAUUGUUAUGCUGGGAAUGGGAUGAUGUCGUGGUGUUUCAUCUAAACCGACAAAGUAAACACCUUCCGGUGGAAUUAACAGAAAAGGUCACCAGCGACAUUUUGGCCUGGAACAGUGCCGACAAUCUGUUGUACCAGCAUUUUCUAGCCAAAUUCGAAGAGAAGAAAAGCAUAUACGGAAAAGAAAGAAUGAAAGACGAUCUGCAAAAGUUGCGGUCAUUAAGGAAAGCGUGGGAACGGAAGUGCUUUGCUGGACAUCUGAUUGAUAAAACUAAUCAACCGGGCUCAAGUACUACAAUAAACGAGGAAUGCCAGUAUUUCUGCAUGGAUGAACUGGAGUUUACAGAUCGCAUUCGAGCAAAAUUGUGGCCAAAUUACGGAUCACAACCGCACUAUCGCGGUAGAAAGGGCAAAAAUGCUCAGAUGUUUGAUAAAAAUUUCUGUGAUGAAGUGUGGGAGUUCGGUUAUGGAGAUACUGCAAAUUUAAUUUAAUGAUUGUAGCUUAAUUGUAGCUUGAUUGUACCUUGAUUGUACAUUGUUUAUGCUUGUUUAUUACUGCAAGUAGAAAGUAGUGCAUAUCUAUAUGGCAUUAUCCGAAUCCAGCAGUGCUGGCUUUGUCAUACGGGCUGUGCACGGGAAUCAGGUAACAAGUCAAACUGUGAAAUUCAAUUCGAAAUCGGAAAAAGCAAA